CGCGUCACUCGUGACGUCAUGCCGGCAAAGAGACGUGGCACGCGGACGGUUAAAUGCUCGAGAGCAGUUGAGCGAGCGUCCCGUCGUUCAGUUUCAUUCAGCUGGGAGGACGUAGACACACAUACCCAUCCGGACUAAAAAAGAGACAUGGCUUCAAAUAACGGAUCAGUCGGCAAGUGGGAGGUAGUGAAAAAGGGGAAGAAGAAUAAUAGCAACGGCACCGGAGGAGGGAAGAACCCGGCGGACAAGAAGCCCGGCGGCGGCGGCGGGGGGCGGAAAGCCCUGGGCGAAUCCAACCAACCGUCCAGACCGCCCCUGAAGAUGUCAGAGACUCUGUACGAUGGCUUUGAGAAAAUGGGAAAGAAACAGAACAAGGAGCAGGUCCCACCACCAGCAGAGCCUGAAAACAAGAAACCCUCAUCGAGUAAACAAUCCAAGAAAUCACACUCCACCAAUACAGUCGCCCCUGCAACUCAUAAGUCCCUCGAGGAGGCCUUCAAAGCUUUGGACGUUGCCGACCUGAAGCAGCAGCUGGCUCGCAGUCAGACCCUGUUUCCAGAAAACCCAUCAGUGUGGGUCAAAGACCUGGCAGGAUACCUCAACCUCAAUCUGACUGCGCCAGAAUCUGAGCCCACACUCAGCAGCUAUACUCACGAUUACCCGUACUGCCUUACAGGAAAAGAGCUGAAGGGUGUGAUCAAAGGCCUGAUCGGACGCUGCGGUGACUUUCUGCCAGAUUUCUUCGACCACUGUGUUUAUACUAUGCUCAGGGAGCUGGACAGACAGUCAGGAGAACCUCUGCAUGGCUACAGAGUUUGCAUUCAGGCAAUCCUACAGGACAAACCCAGAAUAGCAACCCAAAACCUGCCUGAGUAUUUGGAGUUAUUGCGAUCAGUCCAGAAUCGUCCAGUGAAGUGUCUGACCAUCAUGUGGGCUCUUGGACAAGCUGGAUUUUAUGACCUCAGCCAGGGACUCAGAGUGUGGCUCGGUAUCAUGCUUCCUGUGCUGGGGGUGAAGUCCUUGUCGUCUUAUGCCAUUGCCUAUCUGGAGAGACUUCUCUUAGUUCAUGCAAACUUGACAAAGGGAUUCGGCAUCAUGGGUCCUAAAGAGUUCUUUCCUUUACUGGAUUUCGCCUUCAUGCCCAAGAACGCCCUGUCAUCAAGUCUGCAGGAGCAGCUGAGGCGUCUGUACCCUCGACUGAAGACCCUCGCAUUUGGAGCCAAACCUGAGAGCACGUUACACACAUACCUGCCAUCAUUUCUGUCCAGAGCCACACCACACUGUCCAGAUGACAUGAAGAGAGAGCUGCUCAGCAGCAUGACAGAGUGUUUGUGUGUAGAUGUGCAGAGUCUAGGAGUGUGGAGGCAGCUCUACACCAAACACUUACCCCAGUCCAGUCUGCUGUUGAACCACCUACUGAAAUCCUGGAAUAUCCUGCCACCAAAGCUCCGAAAGAACCUUGAAGAAACAAUCCAGUCUUUUAAAGUGACCAAUGAGGAGAUGAGAGACUCUGUUGAAUCUCAGGAGCUUCAGGAUUGCAAUAACCUGUGCCAGAACCUGCAGGUAAAGAUGCGUGGUCGUGGGUUCCCCUGGUCCAAACUGCUCAUGGUUGUGCUCGUGUUUGCCGCAGGCUUCAUCAUUCACGACAUCAGAUCCCACGGCUCCUUCGCAGAUUCCACCACAGCCAGGCAUCUGCGCAACUCAGGGGUCACAGCCGCAUCUCAGCAGGCCUGGGGAAAAAUAACAGUCUACACCAAACAGGGCUUCAGUUGGCUGGAGACAAACACUCCUCAUUAUUACUCUGAGUGUGUUCGUGUCGUGGGGCCACUGAUGGAACAAGGUCUGGAAAAGGCAAAAACAGCAGCCGUCUUCAUCUCUGAAAACACCACGCAGUUUAUCCUCUGGGUCAAAGAAAAGACUCCACAGGCCAUAGAAUGGGUGAACACCAACACUCCAGACAGUGUGUUCCAGGUGUUGGCAUAUUCAAAGGAGGUCCUCCUCUCCCUCCAUCACAACUACAUCCUGCCAGCGCUGGCGUACAUAUCCGAACUGCUACAACGAGCAUGGACCAACCUACAGGAAUCCUGCAACGGCGAGGUGUCAGUAUCGUGUCUGCAGGGCCACGCUUUGUCCUUCACCAACUCGACGUGGCAGCUGCUCCAACACACGACCUCGGCCAUCAAGACGUGGGCUCAGGAUCUGCUGACACGAGCGUGAUAAACAUCACAGAUGCUGACUAAUUUACACACAGUAUAUACACACAUGAAGUUAUAUAAACACACGCACACACUGACCCAAUCUGUGGCUGCCUUUCAGAGCUGUGAUUGGACACUGUGGGGUCAGACAAACUCUCACUCACAACAACAAAAAAAUGGACCCUUCGAUCUCUUGUUUUGGCUAAAUUUUUAAAUCAGUUUGCUGUUGUAUAGAUGUUUUUUUUUUUCUACCAACUUUAAACUUUUUGUCACUUGCUAGAUGCAGAGGUCGCAUCUCUCUCUCUAUCCCUGAGUUUUCUACUGCAAAUUUCAACUGUUGGGUUGAACAGUGUGUAAUUUAUAAAAAAAAAUGUAGGUUUGUAGAUGAUUUAUAAACCAUUUUUAUUUAAAGAUUAAAAAAAAAGUGUUAUAUGAAAACUUGGUAAAGGCCAGGGAAAAAACGCAAAAUGAUAUUCCAGACUUCUCCACGCCACUUUAGAGGGGCCGCUUUCAUGUCCCACACCUGGUCCAAUCAGAUGCAGUAUGUUUGUGUCAUCCAGUGGGAGCCUUCAGCGUGUUAAGGGGUCACAUCUGCCGGUGGAUUGACUCCUUCAGAGGAUUUAAAAUGGACUGCAUACGCCUAAAUCGUCACAAAAUGAACAGUCCAGAAAAAAGAAGCCCACCUGCCGUCUCGUCUGUCCUGCACAUCUCCUCGUCUCGUCUUGGAUGCUUCAUCGUCUGACCGCUGUUCCUCGUGGUUUUUCGUUCAUAGCGCAACACCUGAGUGGUCGUGUGCUCAUACUUGAAGGCUGAUUAUAUAUAUAUAUUUUUUUUUUUUUUUUUUUUUUUUGGUGUGUGCGUGCGUGCAUGUGGAUCAACAAGCUUAUUCUCAAUAAUGGGAUCAUGAUUAAACCCCCUCCUCCCCCCCGUGCCAACAUCCUCCUGUAGGCCGAAACAUGACAAAGAAUAAACUCUCUGGGCAAGCCAAACACUUCUGACCAGCUGAUUUAUGAACCCCUCUAUGUAAACACGAUGUUUGGGUGGAUAUGGCAACAACUAUGUCUUACUUUUUAAUGUAAAUGAUUUAUAAUAAAGACUUCAACCCCA